GCGUGGCGGCCGCGCGGCCAUGGAAGCGCGGGGCCGGACAGUGAGCGCCGCGGUCCAGGAGCACCUGAGGCGGCUGUGUCUGCAUGAGUUCCCCUGCGGCAUAGGCAGCUGGAAUAAGUCUCGCUUUCUUUCUCAAACGUGGCGAUCAUGGAGGGAGCUGAUCCCCAGAGAGGAGGUCACGGGGAGCCCUGGGGAGGAGACAGUGGAGGACCUGCUGGGCCUGGUCUGCAGCCCCCACUCACCCUGGGCUCUGCUGGAAGGCUCCAGUGCAGAGGACCGUUUUCUGAGACAACUGGCCAUCCAAAACCCCCGGAUGCUCAAAGUCACCUUCUUCUACUCCUACUUCAGGUCCCUCCAGGUGGUGGACAAGCAGGUGAGCCUGGUGGAUAAAGACCUCCUGAAAUUUUCGAAGCUUGAAGAGUUGGUUCUGAGUGCUAAUCAAAUCAAGGAGAUAGACGCUGUCAAUCUGCCCCCAACUCUCAAGGUGUUGGAGCUCUACGGUAACAGCAUCCCCAGCAUGGAGUGCCUGUGCGUUCGCCCGCCCCCCGGCCUUCAGCACUUGGGGUUAGGGCACAACAAACUCCUGGGCCCCUCGCAGAGUCUGUACAUCACGGCCAGACACUGGCCCAAUCUCGUGUCUCUGGACCUGGGCUUCAAUGACCUGACGGACCUGCAGAGCAUGAUGGGCAGCCUGAGCAGCCUGCGGCACCUGCGGCUGCUGGUGCUGCAGGGGAACCCGCUGGCCCUGGUGCCGUACUACCGGGGCUUCACCAUCGACAGCCUGGCCGGGCUCUGCGUGCUGGAUGACAUCACCGUGUCUCCCAGUGAGAAGCACCAGUUCCGUGGGCUCAGCCGCAGUGGGGACUUCUUGGCACACGAGGCACAGUUUGUGGUGACGAUUGGAAGUGUCACAGGGGUUCUGGACACGUCGGUCUUGGACCCAGAACCAGGGCCGCAAGGCCCUUUUAUCACUUACAGCUAUUAUGUGACCUACAAUUUUGUGGAAGACGAGGAAGGUGAAGGCGGCGAAUACGUGGAAGGUGUGCUGGCCGAGAUCGUCAAGCCUUCUCCCAGCGUGAAGCAGUUAGGCGACGAGAUCCCGGAAAAGGUCAUCCCGGAAGAGGUCAUCCCCAAAGAGGUCAUCCCCAAAGAGGUCAUCCCCCAAGAGGUCAUCCCUGAAAAGGUCAUCCCCCAACGGGCUAAGGAUCCUGUAGAGUCCGUGCCCUCGACGACGUCUCAGUCAGCGGACAUGGAGGAGUCCGUGGCCUCGGGCGGGUCGACGCCCCUGCCCACGUCUGCAGAGGAGCUGGCCAAGCUGCGGCCGCGCAUUGACCCGCAGCUCUGCCGGUCCCCAGGUACUGUGCUCUUCAGCACUGUCCGCAAGCCCUGGGCUGACAUCAUCCAGUGCAACUACGAGAUGCAGCACACGCUCCGGGACCUGGUGCCACUCAAGGCCUUCCUGCUGGCGGGGACCACCGUGACCGUCGUGGAGGAGAAGAUUCUCUCCUGGCCUGUAGUGCCACCUCUCGUCGACAGUCCCUUGUCUACCAAGAAAGGAAAAGGGGAGAAAGACAAGAAAGAGGAGAAAGGCAAGAAGGGGAAAGAUGGGAACAACAAGGCAGCAGCCAAAGGGGAGAAAGAGACGGCCAAGGAAUGGAAGGGGUCCAAGAAGAAGAGAGAACUUUCUAAGGAACUCCGGCAGGACCCACCCAUCCUGCGGGUGCUGGGCAGUGGCCGAGUGCUCCUGGAGCCCCUGCUGAUGGGGGAGCCUCUUGUGUCCACCGUGUGCAACUUUGGGGUGAUCCGCACCAUGGAAUCCGACAGGCUGACAUUUUUCAGGGAUUCAAAGAAUAAGAAAGCUAAAAAAGCUGGGGAGACUAGGAAGAACAAGACCAAGUUUUCAGCAGUGUCAGCCAGUGGGGAGGCCGUGCCCAUCCUGAGGACCAAGCCCUGUGUCUUCCCUGCAGCCCUGCGACAAGAGUGGCUGACUGUGGGUCAAUGCCAUGGGCAGGAGACGCAUUCUGGGUGUACGAAAGCGACUACCAGCCAGAGCCCCUGACGGUGAAGGUCCAGAUCCAGCUGAACCAGUGCCGCUCGGCCGGGGAGGCGCUCCGGAUGCUCGCCGCGUAGCGCGCGCAUUAAAAGCUGUUCUG